UUCCAAUUCACUUUUCAAUAAAGGUUGAUAGAAGCUUUCUAAGAUGUCUUCAAAAGUUUCGUUUUCCAUAAUCUUACUCCUAUGCCUAGAUUUAGUGAUUCUAACAAUGGUCAAUUCCCAAAAUUCCCCCACCCCACCAUCACGACGUCCCACAAAUCCUCCUCGUAACGGUGGCGGCAACCAGGGCCGAAACCCACCAAAGCCAGCGUUGUCACCACCUGUAAGGUCACCAACUCCAAUGAUAUCACCUCCGGGAAAGUCACCAACUUCAGUUUUGUCACCACCUAAAAGUUCACCAACCCCACGGGCGUCACCACCCGCUAAACCACCAACUCCAGGGGUACCACCACCUGGCAAGUCAACAACACCGAGGGCGUCGCCACCUGGUGGCUCCCGAUCCCCUGUGGCAUCACCACCGGGAAAAUUACUAACUCCUGAGGCGUCACCACCUAACAAGUCACCAACUCCAAUUGCGUCACCACCUGGAAAAUCACCAUCCCCAAAAGCGUCACCACCAAGUAGACAACCAACUCCAGAGGCAUCACCACCAGCCAAGUCACCAACACCAGGGGCAUUACCACCUAGCAAGUCACCAACUCCAAUUGCUUCACCACCUGGAAAAUCACCAACUCCAGGGGUGUCACCACCUAGUAAGUCACCAACUCCAAUUGCUUCACCACCUGGAAAAUCACCAACUCCAGGGGUGUCACCACCUAGCAAGUCACCAAUACCAAAUCCAGUGGCAUCACCAUCGGGUAAGUCACCAACACCUAUGCCAUCACCACCUGAAAAGUCUCCAACACAAACUCCAAUGGCAUCACCACCUGGUAGGUCACCAACUCCAAUUGCGUCACCACCUGGCAAGUUACCAAUACCAAAUCCAGUGGCAGCACCACCGGGCAUGUCACCAACGCCAAUGCUAUCACCACCUAGAAAGGCACCAACACCUACUCCAGUGCCUUCAGCACCUACUCCAACACCAACUCCAAUGGCAUCACCACCUGGUAGGUCACCAACUCCAAUUGCGUCACCACCUGGCAAGUUACCAAUACCAAAUCCAGUGGCAUCACCACCGGGCAUAUCACCAACACCAAUGUCAUCACCACCUAGAAAGGCCCCAACACCUACUCCAGUGCCUUCAGCUCCUGCUCCAACACCAACUCCAAUGGCAUCACCACCUGGUAGGUCACCAACUCCAAUUGCGUCACCACCUGGCAAGUUACCAAUACCAAAUCCAGUGGCAUCACCACCGAGCAUGUCACCAACGCCAAUGCCAUCACCACCUAGAAAGGCACCAGCACCUACUCCAGUGCCUUCCACACCUACUCCAACACCAACUCCAAUGGCAUCACCACCUGGUAGGUCACCAAAUCCAAUUGCGUCACCACCUGGCAAGUUACCAAUACCAAAUCCAGUGGCAUCACCACCGGUCAUGUCACCAACGCCAAUACCAUCACCACCUAGAAAGGCACCAACACCUACUCCAGUGCCUUCCACACCUACUCCAACACCAACUCCAAUGGCAUCACCACCUGGUAGGUCACCAACUCCAAUUGCGUCACCACCUGGCAAGUUACCAAUACCAAAUCCAGUGGUAUCACCAGCGGGCAUGUCACCAACGCCAAUGUCAUCACCCCCUAGAAAGGCACCAAUACCUGGCAAAUCACCAUCAUCAACUCCAGUGCCUUCACCACUUGGCCAGUCGCCAACACCUACUCCAACGUCCUCACCACCUCGCCAGUCACCAACUCCAACCCUAGAGUUGUCACCACCGACUCCAAUGCCAUCACCACCUAGCAAGUCACCAACACCUACUCCUUUGUCGUCACCACCUGGCAUAUCACCAACUCUAACCCCAGUGUCAUUUCCACCUCGAAAGUCACCAACUCCGACUCCAACACCGUCUCUAACCCCACCUGGCAAGUCACCUACACUGUCACCAUCGGGCAUGUGUCCCGUAAAUCCGCUUAAUUUAAAUGUGUGUAUCAAUCUAUUAGGUGACUUGAACGGACUUUUGAUUGGCAGUCGACCAAAAGAUCCAUGUUGCUCCAUCCUUCAAGGGUUGACUGAUCGUGAAGCAUGCUCGUGCAUUUGCACUGCCAUCAAAGCCAAUGUUUUGGGGAUUAAUCUUAAUAUCUCUGUCUCCUUGAGAUCAUUGGUCAAUAACUGUGGCAAAAGGGUACCCUCUGGCUUUCAGUGCUCUUAAACUUAUUAUGUCUUGUUUGGUCAACAAUAUUCUAAGUAUCAUCUCCAUAUUUCAGUAUCGUAGUAGCAUAAUAAUGUUUUAUUUAUAAAUAUUUCUAUGUUAUAGGGUUGUAUAUGUUGCUGAUAAAGGAUGGCGAUCACCUUCAAGCUUAAGCAUGUACCUAAUAACUAUUUACAAUAAUGUGAGAAAAACAUAGAUGAUUUUUCUUGAAUAGAACAUGUUUGAUGAAGUGAGUGCAAUACAAUGGUAAAAUGAAUAUGGUUUCUACA